AUGGCCGAUUCUAAUGCUCCUAAACCGAGCAGCAGUGUCAAGCUGGUUCUGCUUGGUGAAGCUGCCGUGGGCAAAUCCUCACUAGUCCUUCGAUUCGUCAAUAACGAUUUUCAGGAAAACAAGGAGCCCACAAUCGGAGCGGCCUUCUUGACGCAAAAGUGCAACUUGCCGACACGGACAAUCAAGUUUGAGAUUUGGGAUACUGCAGGUCAAGAGCGCUUCGCCUCUCUGGCUCCCAUGUACUACCGCAACGCACAAGCUGCCCUCGUUGUCUACGACCUCACCAAGCCUAGCUCCCUUGUCAAAGCCAAGCACUGGGUUGCCGAGUUGCAACGGCAAGCUUCGCCCGGGAUUGUCAUUGCUCUUGUGGGAAACAAGCUGGACCUGGCUGCCGAGUCGGCAGGUGAAGGUGAAGGUCAGGUCGACGAUGCCGAGAAUUCGGGUGACGCCAGAAAGGUGCCAAGAGGCGAAGCCAAGGCCUACGCCGAGGAGGAGAGCCUGCUGUUUUUCGAAACCAGUGCCAAAACUGGUCACAACGUUAAAGAGGUCUUCACUGCCAUCGCCAACGCCAUUCCUGAAACGUCUUUAAAGUCGGCCAGAGGUGCGGGCACCAGCGGUGCUGCCAACAGAGCAGGCGAGGAACAACGUGUGAACCUCGGCGCCAGAGAUGCGGGUCCAAAGGAUGGCUGUGCUUGCUAG